AUGGAAGAAGAGGGGCACAACUCAAUAAUCCUAAAGAGACCUUUCUUGGCCACAUCAAGGGCUAUUAUUAAUGUAGAGAAGGGUGAAAUGACCCUCAGGGUGCAUGAUGAGCAAAUGAUCAUCAAUGUUUUUAAAGCCAUGCAAUACACCCCUGAGAAAGCACAUCACAUGAGAGUGGAAAUGAUAGAAGACCUGGUGGAGGAAAGGUUUGAAGCCAACGGUCAAGAGGAGCACGAGGAAGAGGUGGAAGCAGUUCAAGAUGUUUCAGAAGAACAAGUGACUGAAAUCUCCUCUAAAGGCAAGACAGAAGGAAAGCCAAAACAAGAAUUGAAAACUCUUCCUCCACACCUUAAAUAUGCAUUUCUCGGUGAAGAGAAUAGCUUUCCAGUGAUCAUUAGCUCUGCCUUGAGUGAAGAAGAAGAAGAAGGAAAACUUCUAGUUGUACUGAAAGAUCACAAAGAUGCAUUAGGAUGGACCAUUGAUGACUUGAAAGGCAUAAACCCUGCCAUCUGCAUGCACAAAAUUUUGCUGGAAGAAGAUUCAAGACUAGUGGUACAACCUCAGAGAAGGUUAAACCCAACCAUGAAAAAGGUAGUCCAGAAGGAAGUAAUGAAAUUGUGGAAUGCUGGGAUUAUCUAUCCAAUUUCAGAUAGCUCAUGGGUCAGCCCAGUUCAAAUGGUGCCAAAGAAAGGUGGGAUUACUGUCAUUGUUAAUGAGAAGAACGAGCUCAUUCCCACAAGAACAGUGACAGAAUGGAUGAUGUGUAUUGAUUAUAGAAGGCUGAAUGAUGCCAUAAGAAAAGACCACUUCCCUCUCCCCUUCAUUGACAAAAUGCUCGAAAGCACCAGUCAUCACACCCCAGAUUGGAAAUUACCUUUUGAACUCAUGUGUGAUGCAAGUGACCUUGCAAUUGGUGUUGUGUUGGGACAAAGGAAGGGAAACCUCCACCACGUCAUCUACUAUGCAAGCAAGGAUGCCAAACCAAGGCUCAUUAGAUGGAUAUUAGUUCUGCAAGAGUUUGACAUUGAGAUAAAGGAUAGAAAAGGGAGUGAAAAUCAAGUUGUUGAUCAUCUAUCAAGGCUGCCACAAGGAACCAAUCAAGAAACUGCUCAACCAGUGAAUGAAAGCUUCCCAGACGAACACAUAUUGCAAAUUCAACAAGCCCCCUGGUUUGCUGAUAUUGCAAACUACAAGGUUGGAAGGAAAAUUUCUCAAGGGUUCACCAAACAACAAGUGAAGAAGCUACUUGAUGAAGCUAGAAAAUUCUUGUGGAAUGAACCAUUGUUGUUUAGAAGGUGUCCAGAUGGGGUGAUUAGAAGGUGUAUCCCUGAGAAUGAGAUGAAAGACAUAUUGUGGCACUGUCAUGGUUCAGCUUAUGAUGGACAUUUUGGGCUAGAAAGACCAGCAGCUAAAGUGAUUCAAAGUGGAUUUUAUUGGCCAACAAUAUUCAAAGAUGCUAGAGACUUUGUGCACCAAUGCAAUGAAUAUUCUGAGUAUAUUUCCUGUAUUUGGCUUGCCGUAGGAAUAAUCUAUCAUAUAAUUCUCGAAAAUCUGCUGAUUGUUCCUUUUGCCCUUCAAGAAUCUUUGUUUGAAAUUCUUGUUGUUGAGCCAUCAUUUGUUGCUGCCAGUUCUCUUGUCGUUCCUCCAUGUGGCGCUGCCAUCUCUCUCUUUCCUCUAUAUCCUUCAUAUAUUGCUCCUGUUGUCUCAGAUAUUGUUCUUGCUAUUGCUCCUGUGCCUUCAUGA